AAUUGCCGCUUAGUCAUGGCGCUAUCAAGAAUAACAAAACAAACUAAAAACCUCUACAAAUUGUUAAUUAAACCACCAAUUAAUCCACAUUACAAGAAUCUCUCAACCUAUAAUACAACCAUUACCAAUGACCUUAUCUCUAUCUUCACCAGACGACAAUUUUCUCCAGAUAGCCCCGAGUUAAAGACUCUUGCUCCAUUGCUAGAUACAAAAGUUGUUGAAUCUGUGUUAAAUUCUUUUAAUAAUUGGAAAAUAGCUUUCAAAUUCUUCGCCUGGGCUUCGAAUCAAUAUGGGUAUAAGCACAGUAUGUAUACUUAUAAUGCUAUGGCUUCAAUCCUAUCACGUGCUCGACAAAAUGCCCCAAUGAAAGAUUUGGCAGCUGAUAUCAUAAAUUCUCGCUGUUUAAUGACCGCGGGUGCAUUGGGUUUCUUUAUUAGGUGUUUGGGUGAUGUCAGUUUGGCUGAUGAGGCUAAUUUUCUGUUUGAUCAAGUUAAAACAAUGGGUCUUUGCAUUCCUAAUAGUUAUAGUUAUAACUGUUUGUUAGAGGCGUUUUCUAGCUCUAGUUCGAAUUGUGUGGAUUUGGUUGAGAUGAGACUUAAAGAAAUGCGUGAUCACGGGUUUAGUUUUAGUAAGUAUACUUUGACUCCUGUGUUGCAGGUUUAUUGUAAUGCAGGGAAGUUUGAUGAAGCUUUGAAUGUCUUCAAUGAGAUUCAUAGUCAUGGUUGGGUGGACGAGUAUAUAAUCUCUAUCUUGGUUCUGUCGUUUUGUAAGUUGGGUCAUGUUGAUAAGGCUUUUGAGUUUGUUGAAAGAAUGGAAGAGCUGAACUUUAGAUUGACUGAGAAGACCUUUUGCAAUUUGAUUCAUGGAUUUGUAAGACAAUCUAGAGUGGAUAAGGGUCUUCAAUUGUUGUAUAAGAUGCAGAAAAAUGGUUUCGUUCCUGAUAUUGCACUUUAUGAUGUGUUAAUCGGAGGGCUUUGCUCCAAUAAAGAGCUCGAUAAAGCUUUGGCUUUGUAUUCAGAAAUGAAGAUGUUGAAUAUUCUACCUGAUGUUGGAAUUAUUCGUAAGCUCGUAUCUUCAUUUUCUGAAGCAAAAUAUUUAAUCAGCAUUCUUGGGGAAACCCUUGGGGAUGUGGAUGGAGAAACUCGGACUUCUCUUUGCAAUUCUGUGUUGAGUUCUUUGGUUCAAAGUGGAUCAAUACAUAAAGCUUGUUGUCUUCUUGAAUCCAUGAUGGGAAAUAGAAAUGGCGAUGAUUUUCAAUUUAGUCAAAUUUUUCAAGAUAAUAGUCUUGCACCUAAUUCAGCUAGUUUUAGUAUUGUCAUUAACGGUUUGUUGCAGGCUUGUAAGUUGGACCUUGCCCUUUGCCUUUUUCGAGAUAUGGCUAAAAUUGGAUGUGAUCGAGAAUUACUAAUCUACAAUAACUUGAUUGAUGGACUCUGCAAUUCUGAUAGACUGGAGGAAAGUUGUCAACUUUUAAGAGAAAUGGAAGACUCGGGACUUAAGCCAACACAGUUUACUCUUAAUUCUAUAUUUGGGUGCCUAUGCAGGAGAGAGAAUGUUUCUGGAGCCCUUGAUCUUGUCAAGAAGAUGCGCUUUCACGGCCAUGAGCCUUGGGUAAAACAUUACAGCUUGCUGGUAAGAAAACUUUGCAAACAUGGGAAUACGACAAAAGCAUGUAUUUUUCUUACUGAUAUGGUUCAAGAAGGUUUUCCACCUAACGUAAUUGCAUAUUCAGCACUAUUAAGUGGUUUAAUUCAAAUUCAGAAAGUGGAUGAAGCUUUAAAGAUUUUUAAAGACAUUACUGACCGCGAGCAUUGUCCUGAUUUGGUAGCUUACAACAUAUUGAUAAAAGGGCUUUGUGAGUCCCACAGAAUUGCAGAAGCUCAGAAUCUUUUCAAUGAAAUGGUAAUGAAGGGUCUCGUUCCGUCCGUGGUUACGUACAACUCGCUCAUUGAUGGUUGGUGCAAAAGCGGUUGUAUUGAUAAUGCAAUGAACUGUCUCUCUAGUAUGUCCGCAAAAGAAAGGGAACCUAAUGUCAUCACAUACACUACCUUGAUAAAUGGUUUAUUUGAGGCUCGAAGACUCAAUGAUGCCGUAAUGCUAUGGAAUGAAAUGGGGAGAAAAGGGAGCAGUCCUAAUAGAGUUGCUUUUAUGGCUUAUAUUUAUGGCUUCUGCAAAUGUGGUAAGCCUGAAAUAGCGCUGGUUCAUUUACAUGAGAUGGUAGAAAAAGAAAUGGAACCCGAUGCUUAUGUUUAUAUAGCGAUUAUAAGUACUUUUCUUAAUGAUUCAAACUUCCCUAUGGCUUUUGAGGUGUUGAAAGAGAUGGUUAACAUCAAAAGUUUUCCGGAUCUACUCCCUAAGAAGUCAUAUAUAAUCUUAAGAGAUACAAUAGUUAAGUUGUCAGAAAAUGCAACGACUUCCUCAAGUAUUAAAAGUCUUAUUGCGGCUGGAAGCAUUCCAGCAAUAUUUCUAUCGGAAAAUGAUGACAAAAGAUUAAGUUAGAGGGAUCAAUGAAAUCCGAGGUUUGUGCUAUCAGAAUUUGUACAAGUCUGAGAACUUCAUAAACUUGGAUCCUCUUGAUGCAGGUAAGUAAAAUCUCUCUAUUUCUAUGCCUAGCACAAAUGUCUUUUGUGAGUGAAAUAACAUAGUCGAAACUGCACAUGCGCGAGAUCUAUAUAGCACAUAAAUGGAAACACUGAAUUGAGGAAACGAAAAAGCAAAAAAUGACUAGAUGAUAUUUUUUUAUAAGAAUAUGUUAUAAGUAUAGUUUUUGGAGUUUUAGAGACAUAAUGAUUCCAAGAAGUUUGUGUGCAAUCUAGAUCAAGAUUGAAGGAAUUUGGGAACAAAUACGAAAGAACUCUGAGGAACAUAUGGAUCCCAAAUUAUUAUGUGAAAGGCAUGAGAAGAGGUCUGCAUUCAACCCAAAAAACAGUCUGCAAGUCCAUCAAUUACAGAUGUUGAUCCCGUCCAGAAUGUGCCAUAUUUUUUAUUGGUUAAUCUGAGUAAGGAAAUGACAUUCCCUAGGAUGCCAAAUUUGUAGCAGGAUGAUUUUUUGAUAUUGUACGAUUUAUAUAGCAAUACAGGUACGAUGGCU